AGUUUCUGUAUCACUUUGCUCAGCUAAAUAAAAAAAACUUCCAAGUGCAAUAUUUCUUGUACAAAUUCAAAUCAACUUUCUUGUGCAAAUAUAAAAUACAAUAUUUUAUUCAUUUUCAAAGACAACGUGGGAGUUCCAAGUUAGCAUAUGAUUAGUUCGUCGCGUAUUUUGCGAUUCAAUUUAUGACUAAGGCUCGUUUAUUACUAUUAUAUUAUUAUAUUUUAUUAUUUUCUAUAAUUCGUACAUCAGUCACGGCUAGCGAACUUAAUAGCAUAUAAUAAGUCAUUUAGAAUUGAUUUAAUAAUGAUAAUGAUUUUGUCCAUUAAUUUGCCUUUCCUCCCUCUGAUGAUAUGUUUAUUUUACCGGAAUCUGCAAUGCAAAUCGAAAUAAGUUUACAUUUAAUAUGAUGACAAAUUGAGUAAUUCGUUGUUUUCAUGUGUGACAUUAACUAUAUAAACACAAGUUUUAAUACAAAAUGAUGCUGACAUUUUUAGUUCGUAUUAUAAGGGAAAAGUCAAAGUUAUAAAAUUACAAACACAGAUUUGCUGUACAGGAUGUGAAAUAUUAAAUGCUAAAUAAAAACAUAAACAAGAUUGACAGUCAUGACGCGAGUGUUUGUACGAAAUUGUCUUUUUUCAGUCAUUAUUUUGACAUUUAGUGGAUUAGUUACAGGAAAAUCAGUUAAUGGCGUUUCGUGUGGAUCUGACGAAUUCCGUUGUAAGAAUGGUAAAUGUAUAGCAAGUAACUGGAAAUGUGAUGGUAUGGUAGAUUGUGGCGGAAACGACCAAUCGGACGAAAAGAAUUGCAAAGGAGACGAUAAGUGUGAUCAGUUUUCAUGGUACUACUUCCGGUGCACGAUUACCCAUCGAUGUAUACCCAAAUCGUGGAUGUGCAAUGGGGUACCAGAUUGUCUUUACAACGACCGUUCUGAUGAAAGUCAUUGUCAAGGAAAUACAACAUAAAAACUGAAAUUUUAUUUUGACAUCUAAUUGUUCGUUUUUAUAUGUUUGUUAUUAAACUGCGUGAACUUUUAACAGUCAUAUAUUCAUUAAAGAAAUC